AUGAGGUUGGACUAGCAGAUCUCCAAGGUCCCAUCCAAUUCUGGUUUGUUUGUUUGUUUUUAAAUUCUAGAUAUAACUUCUCCGGUAUGAUCUGUUGCCAACCUGAUUCUUCAAGUAUUUCAAUGGUGAACCAAUUGCUUUGGUAAUUGAUCCUCUUGAUCCUGGUUGUCCUCUAAGACAAUCUUUUAAGAUUCAUAUAACAUUGUUUAUAAUUGAUGUGUGAAUCCUGUGUCCAUAUAAGUUGUCCCAGGUUAGUAUGCCAUCAAUUAUAUCACAUCAUCAAUUAUAUUACACACACACACCCAAAAAAAUCCCAUCAUCCACUCCUCUGAUUUUCCUUGAUCAAAUUCUCCAGUCUCAAAUAGAACUCUCUCUUCAAAUAAAUAAUUAAUUAAAAGAGACUGACACCUCUGAAGCUGCCUAUCUUUUCCAGUUCAUUCCACUUUUAAUCGGUCCUUAUGAGCUUUGCUCCCUUUGGCUGUCCAAGCUGCAAAGUUGGCAAUUAAUUAACCGCACAACUUGCAGUUGUGAAAGUGUAAAAAAUGCCCUGUAUUAGGACUAUUAGCCAAAGCUCAGUAAACACCGUUCCUGCACUUCACUGAGUGCCAUAUCAAAGUUUAUUCUCAGUUUAACCAUUAAUUCCAGAGUCUGUUGGAUUGGAUUGCAGAGGGCUAUUUGGAUAGCCAGAUUAGCCAAAGGACAGGCAGUAACAGAGAAAGCAGCCAUGACUGAUGUUGGAGAAAUUAUCAAAGCUCUUAAUGAUUUCGGCCGAUUCCAGCAUUGGCUGGUACUGAUGAUCACUAUAGUUUCACCCUUCGGUGGUUUUCAUAUGUUCAGCCAAUUAUUCAUGGUCAUUCCAGUGCCUCAUCACUGCAACACUAAUUGGUUGGAUGCCAUCCACUUGAACUUGACCGAAGAGGCGAAGCUGAAUUUAACCAUUCCCCGAAAUCCUGACGGGACCUUAGAGCCAUGCCUCAUGUAUACGCCUAUGGAAACCAACCCAGAGACCAUCCUGCAAUCUGGAUUGAACUCAACAGAGAAGUGCCAAGAUGGAUGGGUUUUUUCUUCCAAGCCAAAACCUUCUCUGAUUACCCAGUUUUCCUUGGUAUGUGACAGAGAGGAUUUAAUUGACAUCUCCCAGUCCAUCUUCAUGUCGGGCCUCCUCGUCGGAGCCGUGGUGUUAGGACCGUUGAGUGACUGGUACGGCCGACGGCCCAUUGCCUUGUUGUCUUUGUUCUUGGAAGGCGCCGCGGGAGUUGCGGUCGCCUUUGCCCCCAGUUUCUACCUCUACUGUGGUCUCCGGUUUCUGCUGGGAGCAGCUCUCUCUGGGAUCAACAUAAGCAGCACAGCUCUGUGCACCGAGUGGGUUGGCAUUGCCUAUCGUCCACACGCCAUCAUCACCACCCAUGUGACUUUCGCUUUGGGACAGAUGAUCCUGGCAGGCUUAGCGUAUGGCCUCCAGGACUGGCGGCAUCUUCAGAUUGCUGGUUCUGCCCCGAUUUUUGUUUUCUUUUUCUACAUAUGUACAAUGAUAAUAAAGGCUAUACUAUUCUCCUUCUCACUUUUAUUCUUCCAAUUUCUCAUCUUUUUAAUAAAGCUAACACCUAAACAAAAACCCAACUCUUCAACGGUUUUGGAUCUCAUUAGAAACCCCCAAUUAGCAAAGAUGACCCUGAUAAGUUCCCUCAUCUGGUUUGUCAAUAGUUUGGCCUACUAUGGAUUAAGCCUGAACGUUGGCAGCUUCGGCCUGAAUAUCUACCUGACUCAGGUCAUCUUCGGGGCCGUUGAAAUCCCCGCCCGGAUCCUUUCCGUCUUCCUGAUGCAGCGUUUCGGAAGGAAGAAGUGCCAAUCACUCUGCCUCCUCCUUGGGGGGACCUUUUCCCUUCUGAUCAUCGCUGUCCCCAAAGAUUUACCUGUGGUAACCACAUUGCUGGCUGUCCUUGGAAAGUUUACAAUGGCAGCAUCGUUUUCAACAUCCUAUGUAUAUUCUGCAGAGCUGUUCCCCACUAUUAUCCGGCAGACUGGACUCGGAGUAUGUCAGAUGACGGCCAGAGUAGCUGGAAUCAUCUCCCCACUGGUGGACCUCCUGGAGAAAUAUAGCACCUCUCUGCCCGUGGGUGUCUUCGGAAGUGCAGCUGUCGUUGGCGGGGUCUUUACUCUCCUUCUUCCCGAAACACUCGGCAAGGAGCUUCCCGAUUGUGUCGAUGACCUGACCCGCAAAUCAAGGAAGGGCAAGAAAACCAAUGACAGCGUGGAAAAUGGAUGUGCAAAACCAAAUAAAGACAGUUGCCUUAGUGAAAGGAUAACAACCACCCAUUUCUAAGUCAAUGACGGAUUGAGUCAGCCUGUCAAGGACGCAGACUGGAGAAAAAUUGGUAGAUUUCUCUGUACUGUGAGCAGAGGAGACAAAUGUUGGUGGGCUUCUUUAGAGAGAACAUUUUAAGCUACAACAUAACACAGUUCAUGUGAUCUGACUUGCUGCAAUCCAGGUCGUAAAGUGAUGGAUAAAGUCAGCCGCUGUUUAAUCAAGAAACCAUGGUUUAUCAUAAUGUAUACUUUAUUUUUUUUUAGUUUUUAUUUUUUUAAAUUUCCAUACAAAGAACCGCACAUACAACCAUUACAUAACCAACACUAUUUUAUAUUAUUCAAUGUUAUGUCAAUUCAUCUUACCAUCAACCCCCCCA